ACCGAGGUCCUGACCGUGGGUCCUCGGAAAUUAUACGUACGCUCUUUAAAACAGGAAGAGUAGUGCAUGAUUUUUAUGUGUAGCGGUUGUAUUUAGGAUAUUUCAUUCAAGAUGUUAUCGAUAUUCAAAACGAUCCCAACUCAUAUGGAUUACAAGGGCCAGAAAUUAGCGGAACAAAUUUUUCAAGGGAUCAUUCUGGUAUCAGCGGUUAUUGGGUUCUUAUACGGCUUUGUCAUUGAACAGUUUGGAUGGACUGUGUACAUAGUUCUGGGAGGUUUUGCUGUGUCCUGCCUGCUCACCCUACCCCCCUGGCCCAUGUACCGCAAAAAUCCCCUCAACUGGCAACCAGCUCUACCCGAGACAUCAGGAGACAGCCGUGAGAAGCCUCAGGAGAAUCUUAAGAAGAAGAAACACAAGUAGACUGUCCAUUCCCAUUUCUGUCAAUGCUGAGCACGAGUUUUGUAUUCAAAAUGUGAAUCUUAAAGUUAAUAAUAGUAAAAGUUUGCCUAUUUGUAUUCAAAAUUACAUACUGAUACUGAAAUAAAAGAAAUCACAUUUCUUUACAUUCCA